AUGGGCCCCCGCCACACCCAGGGCUUGCUGCUGCUCUUCCUCCUGGGAGCGUCCUCCUCCACCGAGGCCCCAGAGGUACAAUGUUUUAAGAAUGUAUCCAUGUAUAUAGAAGAGAAGGAUUACCAUGCAUUUACCUGGACCACAGAGAACGUUGAAACUUGUGACAAUGUAACAUUCUGCCAGGAAUCCAUACUAAUAAUUAAAGCAGGGACCAAGACAGCUAUUUUGGCCACUAAGGGCUGCAUACCUGCAACCAUGGAGGAGAUUAUGUAUAUUCAGCACACCCCACCCCCGGGCCUGGUCGCAGUCUCCUACAGUAGCUACUGUGACAAGUCUGUAUGUAACGACAAAGACAGAUUAAAUGAGUUUGGGAAUCUACAAGAGAUCCCAGUCACCCCCACUGUGUCACCAACCCUCCAAUGCCCAACCUGCGUGGCUUUGGGGACCUGUGACAGUGCUCCUUCUCUUCCCUGUCCCCAAGGUGCAACUCGUUGCUAUGAAGGAAGACUUGAGAUUGCUGGAGGUGGCAUCGAGUCAUCUGUGGAAGUCAAAGGCUGUACAGCCCUGAUGGGUUGCAGGCUGAUGGCUGGAAUGUUAACAGUAGGACCCAUGUUGGUGAAGGAAAUCUGCCAGAACAAGCCUCUCACUCAAACCCCAAAGGCCGAAAGUGGAGCCACCUGUCUUCCCAUUUUGGUUUGGAGGUUACACCUACUGCUGCCAUUGGUGCUAGAAUCAUUGGUCCAUUUUUCCUGA